AUGAAUCACCCAUUCUGCAUGCAUGCUUUGCUGGCCUGUUGUGGUGCUGAGAUCCCAACCGACACCGAUUGCUUCCGCCAACUGGCCCGAUUCCAUUACACCGGGGCCGUCGCGGGCCUGCGCGUUGUGCUUAGCGAUCGUAACCUGAAAAGCCAAUGGGUCGUUGCUAUGCUGACCAUCAUGAUGUUAUGCAUAUACGAGCGAGCAAAGCCAAAGGGCUCUCCAGGGAUUGAAAUUCAUCUGGUUGGGGCCGCAAGAUUGAUUGAAUUCCACUCUCGGGACUCUCUCAUCUACGGGCAACUUUCUCAAGCCGAACAAGCGAUGCAUCGUCUCGUGCGGGAGUCCUACAUCUUUCAUGUGGCGACCAGUCUCCCAUUCCAGCACAGCGAUGCCCAUCACGACGAAAUUGAAAUGGCCCUCUCGCUCUCAGAGCAGGCCAUUUGCCAACACUUUCGGCCACAUCUGCUGUCUCAUCCGGAUUCUCCUGUUCUGGGGUUCCCCCCUUAUUUAUUUCGAUGCAUCUACACCGUCUAUCGACUAUACCAGUCCUCGCGCAACAAACACAUCACAUCACAGAAGUGUCGGAAGUUGGACGACGAUCUACGGCAGUGGGAUCGGUGCACGCGCCCACAAACCAGCAAAAAUACAACUGCCAAUAACCAAGCCAACCUGGAAACUGCCUGGACUGGACCCAGAUUGUAUAUCCUCGGCUGCCGAAUUCUCCUUCGCCAGAUAUCCGGGUCGGAGCUAGCUGAAGUCGACCCGAAGAUCGACCAUUUAAUCGAGGAGGGAAUGGGCAUUGUGCGACGGCUUGAGCCCGCCACAGACUACUAUGCUGACUAUUAUUGCUGGCCAUUCUUGGCGAUCGGCCUACACCUGCGAUCUACGUCCGACCGAGAGCUGUUGAUGGACCAGGUACUGGCUUUCAGGGCCGCCACCAAUAACGGGACCAUGCGACGACUGGAAGACAUGCUGGAGCUGAUCUGGCAAUCACGCCAUGCGCAGUCGAUGGCCCCCGCCACGCCUGCAUCGAAUCAGACAGGAUGA